UAAAGUUUACUUAAAUGCUUUUGGAUAAGCUUUUGUUUUAACUUUUAAGUUACCUUUGUAAUUGCUUCCUCUUCCCCGUCGAGACAUCUAAGACUGGCAGCGACAGUGGCAUUCUGUUGCUUUUUAGUUUCUCGGUAACCCUAGAAUUGGAAAUUGAAAGGGAAAAUCUGCAAUAAUCAACGAACCCCAACCUCGCUUGAGUCGAUCCCGUGGCCAAGUAGGCGGAAGAAGAGAAGAGGAAGGAGGCAGCGAUGGAUGCGAUGAGGAAACAGCUGGAUGUGCUCAUGGGGGCCAACCGGAACGGCGACGUUACAGAGGUGAAUCGCAAGUACUACGAUCGUGAUGUUUGCCGGAUGUACUUGGUCGGCCUCUGUCCACACGAGCUCUUCCAGCUGACGAAAAUGGAUAUGGGUCCUUGCCCAAAGGUCCACUCGUUGCAGUUGCGGAAAGAAUAUGAAGAAGCUAGGGCAAAGGGUGUUGAUAGUUAUGACAGAGAAUUGGAGGAUGUAAUAGAUAGACUCAUUGUUGAGUGUGACAAGAAGAUCGGGAGAGCUCUCAAACGUCUGGAGGAUGAUGAUGCAAAGGCUGCCAUUGCAAUAUCAGUUUCCGAGGUUACUCAGACUGAAGAGUUGAUUGAGUUGUCUAAGCAGAUCAAGGAAAAACUGAAAGAUGUUGAUAAAUAUGAUCUUGAAGGCAAGACAGAUUUCAAAAUCCAAACUCUAGAAGAAGUUGAAAAACUCAGAACUGAAAGAGCAGAGAAGCAGUCUGCACUUCUUCUGGAAGCAUUUAAUAAAGAUAGGGCGUUACUACCCCAGCCUACAGCAAAUCUGCCACCACCUCCUCCAAUGCCUGUUUCAGCUCCAGAUCAACGUACUCAAGAAAUGAUAAACGAGAAGCUUAAGAAAGCCGAGGAUCUUGGUGAGCAGGGAAUGGUAGAUGAGGCCCAGAAAGCAUUGGAAGAGGCUGAAGCACUGAAGAAGCUGCCUGCCAGACAGGAGCCUGCGGUAGACAGCUCCAAGUAUACUGCUGCAGAUGUGCGCAUUACUGAUCAGAAACUCCGUGUUUGUGACAUUUGCGGAGCAUUUUUGAGCGUUUAUGAUAGGCUUUUGGGCCCAGUUUUACGAGGCAUACUUAUGCAGCUAAAGAAUUGACCGACGCUUAGCUGAUCAUUUUGGAGGCAAGCUACAUCUAGGCUAUAUGCAAAUCCGUGAAAAACUUGCUGAGCUUCAGGUGCUGGUAUAAUGUUUCACAUUCUUCUGUAGAGACUAGAGAUACUCGGUUAGAAUUCUAUCUGUGAGUUUUUCUGACUCCGGAAUCGAAAUACUCCUUCCUUUUCCUUGAAAUUUAUAUGAACACAUUUUCGUUGCAGUUGGAAAUCAAUAUGGCUGUAGCAGGCGUAUAAUACCAUUUUUGAACCUAUCUUACUCACUCUUUUAUGGACAUUAUGUUCUCUCAUUGCGGAAUCCAUACUGGGAUUUUUCAAUUUUGAGUGAGCACCGUUUAAGAUAAAUAAAAUGGCUCUAUCUUGGUAUAGUUUAUUCAUUCUAAUUUUGAUGGAACGACCAUUUGGUUAGAACUUAGAACAAUAUAAGUGCUGGCAGUAAUAUGGAUUAUCAAAUUACUCCAGUUCCAGUGACUUCAAACCAUUUCUAUUAUUACGAAGUGGUUGCUUGUCAUUUAAGGUUGUGGUUUUCAGUAGUUUUUUUCUAUAACUAAUGUGCCAGGAAGAGAAAACCAAAAUCCGGAAAGUUGAGCGUCCAGAGGAACGCAGGUCCAAAGAUCGUAAGGACCCUGAGAGAGAACUGAGUAGGGAUCGUGACAACAGGGCGAGUAGCCGUGAUAGGGGCAGCAGGGACUACGACCGUAGUAGAAGCAGCAGGGAUCGUGACAGGUACCACGAUCGAGAUCAUCAUGGAUAUGACCGUGAUCGGGAGCGUGACAGGGAUUAUGACAGAAGUCGCAGAAGGUCGCGAUCUCGUUCCAAGGAACGAAGCUCUAGGGAUUAUGACCGCAACAGGCGCCAUGAUCGGUACUAGGAUUAUCACGCUGCUGCAGAAGAGACCGGUUCCCUGGUUUGGUUAUAUUACAUAGGACCGUUAGUGAACUCUUGAGGGAAAGGCUUGAUGUUCUUGUUUGUGUUGGCCUUUGGUUGAAGAGGUGGCAGUGACUGACUGCUAAAUGUUAUAUCUCGUCCGCAGGUUGAACUUAGUUGUUUUAAUUUGUACCAAGCGAGGAAGAUAGUUGCACUGUACAAGUUUUCCCAGGAUAUAUAUUUGCUUUUAAGUGGCUGUUGCGUUGGUGCUGGGCUUGCAGAAUAAAACAAUGUUUUACAGUGAAAAUUAAAAAUAAAAUUUCUUUAGUUGUUAUUGAUUUCAUUAAGACUAGAACAGUGACAGAGCACAAUUUUUUUU